AUGAUCCUGAAACUGUGUGUAAUAACAUUAGCCUGUGGUUUAGUAGGGGCAUUGGAUAAUGGACUUGCUUUAACACCACCUAUGGGCUGGUUGUCAUGGGAGCGCUUUCGCUGCAAUGUUGACUGUCAGAAUGAUCCAGAUAAUUGUAUCAGUGAAAAACUGUACAUGAAAAUGGCUGACCUGAUGGUGUCUGAAGGCUACAGAGAUGCCGGCUACCAGUAUGUAAACAUUGAUGACUGCUGGCCUGCUAAAGAGAGAGACAGUAAUGGGAGAUUAGUGGCAGACCCAGUCCGCUUCCCUAAUGGCAUUCAAGCUCUUGCCAGAUAUGUUCAUUCAAAGGGCCUUAAGCUGGGAAUCUAUGAAGACUUUGGCUCUAAGACAUGUGCAGGGUAUCCAGGUAGUGAAUUUUACUUGGAGACUGAUGCCAAGACCUUUGCUGAAUGGGAAAUUGACAGUCUCAAGUUUGAUGGCUGCAAUUCAGAUCCUGCGGAUAUGCCUUAUGGGUAUCCUGUGAUGGGCCGCUUUCUCAACAUGACUGGCCGGCCAAUACUGUUUACCUGCCAAUGGCCAGGCUACAUGUAUGGAGCCGGACUUAAGCCUGACUAUGCUGCUGUGAGGGAAACCUGCAACCAGUGGAGAAACUAUGACGAUGUGCAGGAUAGCUGGGGGUCUGUUUUGGAUAUCAUAGAGCAUUAUGGCAAAGAUCCUGGCAACUUUAGUGCAUAUGCAGGCCCUGGUGGCUGGAAUGACCCAGACGAGCUUGUGGUUGGCGACUAUGGUCUGAGCUACUACCAGCAGAAAGCCCAGUUUGGAAUGUGGGCCUUGUUUGCCUCUCCCUUGAUGAUGUCAUUGGACCUCCGUUCUGUGGAUCCUGCAGCCAAACAACUGCUUCUAAACAAAAACAUCAUUGCCAUCAACCAAGAUCCGCUGGGCAACCAGGCUGUUCGACUGUUUGGG